AUGGUAGGUAGUGACCCAUUGAUGCGCCUAAAUCUCGACUGUGCGCUGCACAUUCUCAGCUAUCUACAUCUUGAUGAUGUUGUACGAUGUGAGCGGGUGAGCACUUAUUGGAGAGACAUAGCCCGUUCGUGGAUGGGGAAGACUGGAGACUCUCUCCCCUGGACAUUGCCAUCAUCCGGGGACAAGUGCAAGGUUGCAGCAAUUAAGCGCUUUAGAUACGGCGCUGAGUGGGAGGCCAACCUCCGGCGUGGCAGAGCUUCGUCGGUCCGCCGAUUCAAUUCUGCGGUGUCAUUCUAUAGGGCCCAACAAGGGUGCAUUGCAGCGUCGGGAGAUUUCAUAGCGUGCGACUCGGAUGAAGGCCUUGUUUGGCAGUCCCUUUCGCUAAACGAUGAUGGCUCUAUAUUGCCUCCAAAGGCAGUGGAGGUUCCGGGUUUCAGCUUUGGGACCGAGUUGCAUCAUGACCAAGUUUCUCACCUGCAGUUAAAUGAUGAUGGGUGCUUGUUAUUCCGGGCUCGCACGCACCGAUCCAACUCCCCCGCAGUUCGUGAUCGGGUGAUCUGUCUUAAGAGCGGAGAGGAGCUCUGGAAACAAGAUAUAGAUCAUCCAGAUUGGUCCUCCCAACCCGAUCUAGUGCCUCUUUUGAUCGGAAAGGAGCGGGUCUAUUACACUCGCACCAGCGAGCCAACACAUUACCUUUUGGCGUAUGAGUUCAGAACGGGUAAGCUAGCGUACGAGGUGCCGACUGAUUGCUCCCUAAGUAAGAAUGACCCAAACCAGCUUGUGGAGCUGAUCCGCGACAAGGGGGAAGAAUUUAUCGUGAAUCUCUCCCAGAGAACUAGCCCCUGCGACCUAACCAUAUAUGAUGGUGGGAGUGGAUGUGCUAUCGAGAAAUGUGAAUACCAAGGACUGUGCAGAUUUACAUUGACCACUGUGCCAAACACUGGCACGUUUACGUUGAUGGCUGAUGUAUCAAAGAGCCGCUUUAAAAUUCUUCUACGGUUUUCACGACAGUCAAAGGAUAGUUUCCUCUGCGUUGGGAGGGAAGGGCUGUCUUGGGAACGUGGCCAUAGCAAAGACGAUGAAUUUGCGGUUGACCCUUCUACACUUUUUAUGGUCUCUUUUCAACAGAAGCGACCGAUCCCGAAGGUGUGGAAGCUCGUGGAAUGCACUGAUCCAGAGUUGAGAGACAUUGUGAAUGAAGCUUUGUUAGAAGGGGGAGCAUCGGAUAUCAGGGUAAACUGGUGUUGGAAGCCCACCGAGCCACAGGAAAUUGACCUGCCUCCGGGGCCAAAGGGAAAGAAGCGACGCCAAUUUCAGGUGCCCUCGGGUUCAUUGGGCUCCAACCCGUGGUUCCUAGAUAGGCGGCAUAUUGCCAUUCAUAUGCAUACUAAUGAAAUGCGAAUGAGUGGGCGAGAGAUGCGUCAUUCUGCAUACAAGGGUAUUUAUCUAUUUGACUUCACACCAAGAAAACGAAGGGCGUAA